AUGGGCGGAGUGCAGCGGCUCUUCGAGCAGCGUCGGCAGCAGGUCGCGAGCACCCGCCGCGAUGCCGCCAGUCUUGCCGGUGUGGCAGUCGGAGCGCGCGUGCGGAGUCACUACUAUGCUGGCACGAAACCUGAUCGCAAGAAGUCAGAACAGGCGGAGGAGGCGAUUGUCAUCGGCGUGCACUUCAAAGGAGAGGAGGACAUCGCCGCCCCCUCUCAGCUGGAGGUGCAGUUGGAGUUUUUAAGGCAGGAUGAGCGUUGUUUGCGGGGUGGACGCAAGACCUGCGUUCCGGCGCACUGGAUCGUCAGCACGGAGGAGGAUGCCGAGGUGGCUGCUGCCCUCCGCGAGGUGGGCAUCCACGAGGAGGACCAGCCCUUCUGGGACUCCAUCUUCCCAGCCUCUGAGAUGCGGGAGGUGUGCCGCCUGACGAGCUGCCAGCGCCGGGCCUUGGCACAGAUUCGAGCUCAUGCCGCGGCCAGCCACGAGGAAGCCGAACCGAGGGUUCUCGAGCGCUUCCAGAAGAUGGGCUUCAGCGACAAGGAGUUGCAGGCUGUGUUGAGCUGGAUACAAGAUCUCGCGCCUGUCAUUAUUCAUGUCAAUAUUGACACUGUGGGCCGGUUCUUGGAGUCCGACGAGUACUACAGGAGCCAAUUUGAGACCAAGACCUCGUACGGAGCCAUCGAUGAGGGCAAUCAGACACGCGUCACGUGGGAGCGAGACCUCUUUGGGGAUGCAUAUGACGACGCCAAGCCUUUCGAGCGAUGCAAGUAUGGAGCCUUGAACGCCACUUGGAGCGAUGGCAGAGCAGGGAUACUGAAUACUUCAGCGCUUGCUGAGCCGGUAGGCCCAGUCACGAACGACUUUGAAGGUUGCAAGCCCGCCUUGCAAUACGGUGAUUCCUACCUGGUCCUCAAGGAUGUUCGGCUCCGGUGCACUUUCGCCCCUGAGGAUUCUGGAGGCAUCUCAGGCUCUCGGCUGGCAGUGCUCGACAAGUACGCACAUGUAUUGGAAGAGUACGAAGAUGAGGAGAUCCGCAAGUUGGUGGACGUUGCCACGGCACCCCCUGCACGCCCGAGCUCAGAGGCACCAAGGCUUCUGCGAGGCAGCACCGAGGAUCCGACACAACAGUGGGUGAGCUUCGGCUUCCCACAGCUGAAGCGCAAGGCGGGUUGCUUCUUCUUCGAGGUCGAAUUGAUCGAAGAGUGCAGUUUGCCCCAGGUUGGCUUGGCAAGCGACCUGUUCCAGUGCCUGCCCGGCGUGCAGUCCACCAGCGGCAUCGGCGACGAUGAGUACAGCUGUGGCGUCGAUGGCAUGCACGGUAGCCCUCUCAGAUGGCCCAAGCAAGAAGCGUACAGAAGAAUUAGGAGAAAUAGAAGAAAUAGAGUCCAGCUGACUCAUGUGACUCUGAGGUGCUUGCUUGAAGGGUGGGCCUCUCUGUGCCUGGGAUGUCAGCUGGAAGAAGAAAGACUCAGAUGUCUAUUACGAGGACGGACAUCAGUCUGUUCUGGCCGAAAGAGUCGUGGUGGGAGUCGUGGUGGACUUCGAUUUCCGUGCAAUCUGCUUUGCAUCCAACGGGGCCUGGAGCGAGCCGUGGAGGCCACAAGUCUUGGAAGAGGACAUGCCAACCUUCAACGAGGGCCUCUAUCCCGCCAUCUCCCUCAGGGGCCGCGCGUCCUUCCAGUUUGGGCCAGACUUCAAGCAUCCUCCCCCGCCACUGGGACCGAUUUGUGA